CUUCCCUUUUCCCCUUCUUUCUCUUCGCCUUCGGCCGAGCAGUCCGCUUUUAGACUCUCCGUCUUUCACGCUGACGUCGCUGCCGUCUGCCGCAUCUUCGGCCGAAGGGGCCGUCGGGGCUUCUGCGACGCUUGGAGGGGCUGCUGCUGCUAGUGCUGCUGCUAGUGGAGGGAUUUCGUCUCUCCCUGCCGAGAUGUCUGCAACGCUUGCCCUCGCGUCUGACUCUACAGCACAGGCAGCAGCAGCAGCAGCAGAACGAGCAGCAGCAGAACGAGCAGCAGCCGCAGCCGCAGCCGCAGCGGACGAGGCCAAUCGCAGCAUUGACGCUGACAUUGAGGCUGCGAUCGCCGACGACAGCAGCGCUCUCCGGCACGCCGAGGACCACGACCACGACCACCUGUACCACGACAAUGAGAACGAGAACGAGAACGAGAACGAGAACGAGAACGAGAACGAGCUGGACGACGUGCAGCGGCGGCAGUCGUUUCGUCAGCUUCGUCUGCGCCGCCAACAUGUGCCACUCAAUCCCACUACCGCGGCUGCAGCUGCGUUCGAGCAGGACGACCGCGAGUUUGGAUCGGACACGGCGAGUCAGGAGCUCGGCGCUGGCAACAUGCAUCCGGACGCGGACAUGGACCCGAUGGACGAUGCCGCUGGCGAUGCUGCUGGCGGAGGAGAAGGCGGCGUGAUGGCCGACUUUGAUGACAUUGAGGGCCAGCGCGCGCAAGGCCAUGACGAGUAUCACGAGAGCGAGCACUUUAUGGACCAAGAGCAGGAUCUGCAAGACCUGAACGAACAAGACCUGCAUGAGCAAGAGCUGAACGAGCACGAGCUGAACGAACACGAACUCGACGACUCGGACGCAGACCGGCUCAUUCACGCAUUUCCUCAGGGCCUGUCGAGGAUGAGCUCGUGGACGCUGCCAAGCAUGCAGACACCGUCCAUCGACAGCUUUGACCAGGACGCGCUGGCAGCCUUCCUCGCAGAAGAAGAGAGCCAGGUUGGAAGCGGCCUCACCAAUCUGUUUCCCUACAGCGACGACGAAGGUGGCGAUCCGCAGCACCAGCGGGCAUUCCUGUCAGCCGCUGCGUUUGGCAUCUCUGGCGAUCCUGUCGCUGAAGCUGCAGAGACGGACGAUGGGCUCAUGGCGACUGGCGAAGCCGCGACAGGUGAUGACAGCGGCGGCGCGCUCGAGGAUGCAGAUGCUGCAGGACAAGACUCGAGCACUCGAGGGAUUGGCGUCGCUGGUGCCUUUGAUUUGGGUAGCACCAGUCCAAUGCAGGCAGACUAUGCUCGCACCGAGGAGUUUCUCCCGGCUCUGUCCAACGCUCCUGGCCUGAACAACGCUGCAGGCGUCUUGCCCAACCAGCAGCUGUUGGCUGUGCCUCCCACCACUGCGCCAAAGCGAGGUCGUCCGCGAGGCUCGCGCACUGGUGCGCGCACGCCUCCGGCUGGCGGCGCUGCCGUGGCGGCCGCUCGCUUGCAACGACAAAGGCCCAAAAAACCAAUCCCGGCAUUCCUGUAUUUUGGUCGCGCAGUCAGGCCUCAAGUCCGAGCCAUGUAUCCAGACGACAAGCUGGCCGACAUUGCCACCAAGAUUGGAAAGCUGUGGGCAGCCUUGCCAUUCGAAGAAAAGGCGCACUACGAGCAGCUCGCCUCGGCAGACAAGCUCCGCUACCGCGAAGAGGCGAGCCAGCCUUCCUACGCCGUUGCCCCUGGCGCUGCUGCCUUGGCGUCGCGCGCCAAUACAAGCCAGACUGGUCUCGAGACACUCCGCAAAAUCAAACGCCGAAAGGAUCCUGCUGCGCCCAAGCGCGCCUCUCCGGCGUACCUGUUUUACGCGCAACAUGCGCGUUCCAGCGUUGCCGCCGACGACCCAACUGCAUCGAACAAGGCUAUUGCCAGCAAGCUGGGAGAAAUGUGGCGCGCCCUUCCCGUCGGUGAGCGCGCUCCCUUUGAGGCCUUGGCCCAGCGUGACAAGGAUCGCUACGACUCUGAGCGGCGGCAGUGGAUGAUGGAGCGCGAUGCUCAGCAGAGGCUGCUUCGGCAGCAACGUUUGCAGCAAUCUGCUGCUCUCAACUCUGCGGCCCGGGCAGAGGAUGCAGCCAAGCGCGCAGGCUUGCCAGAGUUGCCGGGAGUUGCUGCUGCGGCUUCCGCGUCUGCUGCCACUCCAUUUACUGUCCCCUCUGUCACCACCACCAUGCCAUUUCGCGGGCCGCUUGGCCUCCCCGUUGGGUUGCAGACAGGAAUCGAGUCGCAGUCAUCACUCGCCCAGCCAGCGUUGCAGCAGCAAGGCGGCAGCACUGCCUUCUUGUUCUCCGCGCCGGCACCGCCACCGCCCGUUCGAGAAACCGCAUUGUUUGCUGCGCAAGUGUUCCAGCCUGCGUCGCAGCUCAGCACUCCGCAGCAUCUGUACGGCGGACCCUCGCCAGCCGAGUUGCAGCCAGCAGCGGCAACGGCAACGGCGGCCACGGCAGCUAUCACGAGUCGUUCCAAGCGAGCGUCCGUCUCCCACACGCCUGCAUCUCGGUCUCCAACCGAACUGAACGCCACUGUCGACCGCCAACAGCAGCAAAUCUCCGAGCUCAUGUUGCUCGUUGCCUCCCAGCGCAGCCAGAUUGAGCAGCAAAACAUUCAAAUCAGGCAGCAAAACGUGCAGAUUGAGCUGCAGCAAAAGCUGUUUGCGCAGGUGCAGCUUCCCACCCCUUCCCAAAUUCAGCCCAAGCUCGAGUAAAUAACGAGGGUUUUGUUUUGGCUCGGUUUCUCCAUUUCUCUCUUUCUCCUCUCUCUCU